CCUUAGCGGCUCAAGUAGUAGAAACGGCCGAAGGAAGGUUGACGCCUUUUGUCUUACGUCUAUAGACGCCAUCAGUCGCUGUUUGAUUACCACAACAGCGGUCGAAGAUGGCUCCAACGGCCAAACCUCCCCAACCUCCUCACUCUCAACCUCCUCCUCAAGCGCAGUCCCCCACUCGGCCAGAGGAUGGCAUGCCCAGCGCUGCGGAAUUGUAUCAAAUAGCUGCCAAGUCAUUGCAGACUGGAGCUCUGACAGGUGCCGCGGGACUGGCUAUCGGAGCGGGCGGCGGUAUUAUGCGGGGGGCACCACCAGCACUUUUUGCUGCCUUCGCUGGCCUUCAGUGGUUUGCCCUUGGGUCGAGCUACAUGGCCUCUAGAAGUCUUCUUUGGCAUGCCUGGGGAGGUGAGCAAAAUUUGAGCCAAGCCGACAGAAUCAAAAGUAGUGCCGCCGCUGGUGGUGUCUCUGGCAUGAUCGGAGGCAUGGUUCGAGGGCCGAGGAACAUUCUACCCGGCAUGCUUGUAUUAUCUCUGCUUGGUGGCGGUGCCACCUUCGUUUCCCAGCAAUUACAAAAUCGGCCACAGCCCAAAGAGAAAACCAGCUGGCUUGCAUCAGAGUGGAGUCCUUUAAGACCACUGUCCGGAAAGGAGUACGAAAGCAUCCUGGAAGAGAAGAUCCUGAAGCUCGAUGCUGAAAUCUCGAUUAUUGAAGAGAAUAUUGCGGCUAUAAAAGCGUCCAGCAAAACAACAGCCAUGUCGGGUGAGGGACCUUCAGCUUCAAAGAAGCAAUAAGGACUCAAGCCACUCCGCAGAACUCCUGUGGUCCCACACCAUAGUUGGCGACUUUCGCCUUCCCAUCGAUCAUACACAGACUCGGGCCGGAGGAACCCGGUACAGAUGGCACCGUG